CUCCUAGUUUCUCUGUUCGACAACCAUGUUGACAUGGACGUUGGUGGUUCUGUUCCUAGGCCUACUCUACUGGCUAUCCAGGAAACCAAGCAGUCUUCCACCAGGACGGUGGGGUCUCCCAAUAAUUGGAUACAUCCCUCUCUAUACCACUAAUGUCGGAAAUAUUAUCAGUGAUCUGAGGAAAAAAUAUGGAGACAUAUUUACCUGGAAGGUUGGCAGCCAAGUGAUGGUCGGCCUCUGCGACUAUGAGCUGAUCAAGACCACCUUCAACAGGCCUGAAUGUCAGGGAAGGCCUUACUUGUUUUCUUUUGAAGUGAUAAGAUCACACAAAAACUCAGGAAUUGUGAAUGCAGUCGGUGACGUCUGGGUACAGGGCAGGAGGUUUGCCAUUAGACACCUGAAGGAUUUUGGCAUGGGAAAGUCUUCCCUUGAGGGCGCCAUCCAGUAUGAGGCUCAGAACCUUGUAGAGACUUUUGAACGGACGUCUGGGAAACCCAUAGAAAUAUCUUGGUGUCUCAAUGUUGCUGUGUUGAACGUCAUCUGGAAGCUUGUGGCGAAUAUAAGGUACGACACGGAUGACCAAGAAAUAAUAAAAUUUAAUACCAUCCUGAGAGAUAACAUAGACUUGAUCCAAGGAAGACUCCAGAUUUUGGAUGUGUUCCCAUAUCUAGUGAAAAUACUCCCCAAAAUUGUCCUCGAGAAAGUGUUCAAAGUGAAAUUAGUCUGUCAAAAUAUGGACAAGUUCAACAACCUUAUGCUUGAAACUAUAGAGACUCACGUGAAGACACUGGACCCAGACAAUCCCAAGGACUACAUAGAUGCCUACCUCAUACAAAUGCAGAAAGAGAGGGGCAGCCUUAGUUCCAUAUUCAGGGAAGACUACUUCAACCUUAUCAUAACCCUCGACGACUUGUUUGCUGCAGGAAGUGAGACAACUUCGUCUACCAUCCGAUGGCUGAUCGCUCUCUUGGCCACCCAUCCCGAAAUACAGGGAAAAAUGCAGAAGGAAAUUGAUGAGGUUGUUCCAAGAGACACACUCCCUUCUCUCCAGGAUAAGGACAGACUGCCAUACACCGAGGCAGUUUUACUUGAGGUAAUGAGGUAUUCCUCCUUAAUACCUGUAGGUGUUAUGCACGCAACCACAGAAGAGAUCCAAGUGGGCAGGUACCGUUUGCCUAAGAACACAGCAAUAUUUGCCAGUGCCAGGAGCUGCCACAGAGACAAGAAAUAUUUUGAGAGACCUGAGGAAUUCUACCCUGAGCACUUCCUUGACAAAGAAGGCAAAGUCAUCACGAAGAGAGAAGGUUUCCUUCCUUUUUCUCUUGGGCGACGCCAGUGUCUGGGUGAGAGCUUAGCUAGAAUGGAGCUGUUCAUCUUUGCAACUUGUCUCUUCCAGAGAUUCACUGCUUCACCCCCCAAGGGGGGUUCCAUUUCUUUGGAACCUGAUCACUUCCAGCCCCUCCUUAGCUUUAUCCCACCGUAUGAGGUUGUACUGACGAAGAGAACUUGAAAAUAAAGAUUCAACGACUUUUGUCUUUUCUACAGCCUGCCUUAAAAGUAAAGGAAGGCGACCGUAUUGACAAGACGGUAAAACAUUGGUUCAGAAGCACAGUCAUAGACAGGAACUUGCACCGAAUGCAGUGCAAUAAUUGUCUCUCGCUCAUCGAGGGAUGUUUCUUAGACCAAUAAAUGACACAUUGACAUUAGAUUCCCGUGCACAUAACAUCAAAAGCAAUAGAGUGAGGUCGCCUGGUUUACACUGUUAGGAUAUCGUUAUUUUUUCUUUUUGUUUUUAAAUUUGAAAGCAUUUUGUGAGAUUCCGAUGUUUUCUGUAAAAUUUAACAAAUGGAAUAGUUCAACUACCUUCAACUUAAUAUUGAAAUGAUACUUUAAGGACUAUGUUUAUGCGAUAUUACUAGUGAUAGGUGUCUCCUAUCUAUUUGGUAAUGAUUAUCUAUGGUUGUGAUAUGACGUUUUUUAUCACUUCGUUUCGUUCACGUCAAUUUUGCCAUAUGGAAAAUAGUUUUACACAAUAACAUAACAUAAUGUUCUAAAGAUAUCAGUGACUGUUUUUAACGUCAUUACAUAUGAUUUCUUCCAUCUUUGAAAAGAAAAAUUGAUAAAUAAGGCAUGAAUCGUGCGUCAGGCAAGUGAACGAAAAAUUAUGAAACUCUGCCACAAGUUUUUUGGCCGACAGUACCUCCUGUUGAAACCAAGUUAUUGUAAAUGUCAUUUUUCUACCAAUUUGAUUACUAUAUAUAUGUUAAUUACAUCAAUGAACCUUUCAAAUAAAACUUAUCCUCCCGUUG